GGUAUUUGGUUGAAAAAUUUAUUUCGGUGAAAGUAUAAAAAAUUUUUAAAGUAAAAAAAAAUUUUAAAUUUUGAAAAAAAAAAACAAUUCUCUUAAAAAUUUUUUAAUUAUAAAUAGUUGAGUGCAAUUAGGCAAAAGAACGUUUAGAAACGAAUCAGCUGUUUUCGGAAUUCAAAAAAAAAAUUUGUUUAUAACAAAAUAUUAAAUUUCCUGUGGUUUGUGUAAAAUGAGUAAAUGUAAACAUAAAUAAUAAAAUUGUGAUAGUUUUUAAAAAAUAAAAGUGAUUGAAAAAUUUAUUAAAAGAAAAAAUAGUUUUUCUUAACUUUGUUCACACCCAAAGUGUGACAUUUAUUUUUCAGUUUUCUUUAUUUUUUUUUAAAACCAAAACAUAAAAACAAUAGAAUUAAAAAUAAUUUAAAACUGCGCACCAUUAGAACAAUUUUGUGAAUCAGAAAAAUUCGGUUAAAUUAAUUUCUUUUUACUUGCAUGUUAGCACAAUAUACUUGCUCAUUCUUUUAUGAAAACUUUGUGGAAAGUAAACAAAAUUUACUUCAACUAUUCAACGAAAUCAAUUUAUUCGACAGAUAUCAUUUAUUUAGAACUUUUUCAGCCAUGUCUACCGCAUUCUUGACAGCAAUAGCUGUGAUUCUUUGUAUUCUAUUUAGGAUACUGAAUGUUAAUAGCCAACCAUUAAAACCAAAUGUAUGGUGUGUUAAUGAAUCACUUUUGGAUUGCCUUUACAAAAUUGCACCCAUAUUAAAAGAGCCAUAUGUCCCUACUAGACUUUGGGGAUUUAGUGGACAUGUACAAACGGUAAUACACAGUAUAGUGGGCCGUGUGAAAUGUCCAUGGCCCUUAGGGGAAAGAUGUUAUCUGUCACUGCGGGAUGGAUCAACUUUAACAUAUGAUUUGUAUCAACCCUUAAUUGAGCAUGAAGAUGAUGUAACGAUAGCGAUAUGCCCAGGAAUAGGCAAUUCUUCAGAAAGUGUAUAUGUCAGAACAUUUGUCCACUAUGCUCAAUGUCAUGGCUAUCGUUGUGCAGUACUAAACCACAUUGGUGCCUUAACUAGUGUUCAAGUAACUUCUACAAGAAUCUUUACUUAUGGGCAUACUGGAGAUUAUGCUGAAAUGAUUGAAAACUUAUACAAAAAAUAUCCAUCGUCACACUUUUGUUUGGUAGGAUUCAGUCUUGGAGGAAAUAUUGUGACCAAAUACAUGGGUGAAAAAACAACUAAAAAACCACAUAAAAUUAUUGGCGCUAUUUCUGUUUGCCAAGGAUACAAUGCAGUGGAGGGCACAAAAUGGCUUUUGAAUUGGCAGAAUUUUAGGCGUUUUUACUUAUAUGUGAUGACUGAAAAUAUGAAAAAUAUAAUUAUGCGACACAGACAUGUUUUAUUAACGGAAGAAGUGAAAACUAAUUGCAAUUUAAAUGAAAGAGAAAUAAUCGCAGCAGCAACUUUACCAGAGCUAGAUGAAGCUUAUACCAGAAGAAUACACAAUUUUCCAUCAGUAACUGAAUUAUAUACUUGGAGUUCAUGCAUUAAUUAUUUAGAUAAUAUCGAGAAACCAAUGGUUUUCAUUAAUUCUAAAGAUGAUCCACUAGUACCUGAAAGUUUGUUACACCCAAUUAAGGAAUUUGCUGUUACAAAAAGCAAAGCCGCAUAUAUCGAAGUUGCACAUGGAGGACAUUUAGGCUUUUACGAAGGUGGACUACUAUACCCAAAUCCGGUAACUUGGCUUGAUAGGGCACUAAUAGCAUUGGUUGGAUCAAUAUUAAGUCAUCAUAGACAACAGCAAAAGAUCUCAAUAAUAUAAUUGUAGCAUAAUAAAUAUUAAAUACAUAUACAUAUUCUCUAACCAUAACUAUUUUAUACAAUUAAAAUUACUAAAAAUGUUUCUUACUAAAUCUAUAUAAUAAAAAAGAAUAAUAAUAAUCAAAUUAUUAUACUGUAAUUAUAUUACUAAUUUUUUUUUACAAUGUAAUUCAUUCCUUUCACUUAAUGAUUUAAAAUAAUUAUGUUUAAUAUUUUUAAAUAUUUCUAUGUGUAUAAGUUAAAGUGCAAUGGCCUCUUUUUUUUUUACACGGUAGAAUGAUUUUUCAGAAAACCGUGUAAAAAACAAGCGAUUUGUACGUGUAGUUUCAUAGUCGUUUAAAAAAAAGAGUAAAUUCUACUUAUACUUUGUUUAAUUUCUGUUUUCUUAAAAUAACGUAUGACGAAAACAAUAAUAAAAAUAAUUUUUAAAUUGACGAACACAAUAAUAUGAAAAUUUUUUAAUUAAUUUUGAAAUUAAAAAAGAAAAAAAAUCACAAAUUAAACUUAAAAAUUUUGUAAAAAUAUGAAAAAAAGACAUUUUUUUAAAUAGAUAAAUAAAUAUGCAUAUAUUUAGAAUAAUUAAAAUAAUUAAAAAAAAGGAAGAAAUAAACAAGUAACAAAAUGUUCGAAAAUUAAAUUUAAUUAAAUUAAAGCGUCCUAUUCAUUUAUACGAGCAUUUAUAAUAAAUGCAUGAAUAUGUAUAUAGUAAAUAGAAAAUGAAAGAGAAAUUCUCUUUUUGUUUUAUAUUUUUUGUAUUUAAAAAUUGUUAUAAUUAAAAAUCGAAUAAUAAUUAUAUUUAAAUUUACUAAUAUAUAUUUAUACAAUAUUUAAAGAUAUUUAACUUGCUGUAUGUAUAUGAAAAGGACCUUUGUUCUAAAUAUUUACCUAUUUAUAAAAAAUUUAUAUCACAAAAGUACCAGAAAUGUUCGUAUGAAUUUAAAAGAUACAUUUUUUGUGACAUACAUACAUUAUACGAAUUUAUACAUAUAUAAAUAUAUGUAUACAUUCUGCUGCAUAUUUGUAUCUCCAGUUUGAUUUAGUGUUAUAUAUUUAUUUUUGUCAUCAAUGUCAGAAAAGUCAAAAUUAGAAAUUUUCAUCAUAUCGCACAACAUUUAAUUUUUAUUUAUUAAUUUAUACGAAAUUAAUCUGUGUACUACACAACUUUAACGAAAAUUAUUAUUUAAAAAAUUCAAUGAAAUUGAUUUUGAAAAAUAUCAUAUAUUAUAAAAGUUAUUAUAAAAAUCAUGAUAUAAGAAACACUUUCUAUCUGCGACGAUAACCCGUUUAGGUUGACAAAGUAGUGAAAUAACACAGUGCUUUAAUUCCCUCACUUCAUACUAAGGGAAUAAAAUCAAAAUAUUAUGAUAUUCUCCCAAAUAUUUGUUAAAUUACUUUUUGAAAAAUCUCAUUAAAAUUUGGAGAAAUAAUUAGUUUGGAAAACAAUUAAAUUAAAAGCUGACAAUGAACUUUCUAAAGCGAACAAAAAAAAUUGAUAAAACUAUAAUAACAAAAAUUCUAAUCAAAUUCAAAAAUAUUCGGUGCAAUCCCGGUACUCGAAAAUGCUAAUCCCGACUUAUGUCAUUUUGUCUCAUUGUCAUAGAUAUAUACACGUCGCGAUUUAUUCAUAUUAAAUUUGAAUAAUAUUAAUGUUGGCACGACUAACCUAAUAGGCACUAAUUUUGUGCUCUUAUUUAAUUUUAUUAUGUUAAAAUGUAUUGCAAUAAAAACAACUUAAUAUAUUGAAUAUUGAGGUUUUCAAUAUAGAAUAUCAAAUUUCGGAAUUGAUUUUAUUCUGAAAACUUCUGAAAUUUUGAAUAGUAUCCAAUCACUUAAUCCGUCUUAGAAAAUAUGGAUUACUGUUUUGAAGAUAAGAAAAUAUAUACAAAAUUUAAAUUACUUCAAAAUUUGAAUAAGUUAAAAAAAAUAUGGUUAAUCUCUUAAAAGAAUGUUACGUUGAAUUAUUUAUUUAUUUCUUUUUAUUUUUCGCAAAUUUUCGUUAUUUUUUUUUGUUUUAUCUUUUCAUUUAUUUUUGAUUUCAAUAUUAUUUAAAUAUUUUAUGCAAUUGUAUGUUAAUUUUUGUAAAAAUAUAUUGAUAAUUUUCUUUUUCAUCAAACAUUAUUGUUAAACAAAAAAUAUAAAUAUAUAAAAAUUUAGCAUUCCUAAACUAAAACUAAGCAUUCUAUCAAUUUUUAGUUACAUUAAUGUUUAUUUGCUACGUUAAUGAAUUCAGUAAUUAAAUUGGAUUACUACAUAAAGAUUAUUUAUAAGGAAAAACAAAAAAAAAUUGUAUUUACUAUAAAUUAUAUUAAAAAAUAAAUUAGAUUUAAAAAAUAAAAAAUUCAAUACGAAUUUAUUCUAAAUUUUAGAGUUUUACAUUGGUUUUACAUAAGUAGUAAUCACUUAGUACACAAUUUCUUUUAUUCGAUUUAAAUUUUAAUUAUUUUUAUUUAAAUGAUAAAUUCUAUACAAAAAAAAAUUUUUAUUUGUGAUAAUAUUAACGCUCAUUUUAAAGCGUAUGUAUUAAAUAGGUUUUCAAAUUUAAGUAAAAUAAUUAAUGAACAUACUUUAUACAAAUAUAAAAUUAAAUGGUAGAAAGCAUUUGUUUAAAUAUUGUGAGGAAUAACUUAUAUACUUUGUAACAGAUUUAAACAAGCAAAAAUCGUCGAAAAGUUAUUCUAUAUUUAAUUUUAUGUAAACAUUCCUUUUAUAUAUUUUUAUAAAAUAUGACUAAAAUAAAAUCGAAAAUGUCAUGAUGGUAAACGAUUAAAUUUUUUAAAUAAAAAUAUAAAUUUAGUUAUUCCUAAAUUUGACACUAUACUAAAAAAUGAUUUUUUUUAAGGGGUGUGAUGUAUAUUAACGGAAAGUACUUACUUAUUAAGUUAAAUUUAAAACAAUGUAAUGUAAUGUUAUAUGUAGUGUAUUAAUAAAAAUUUAAUUUUAUUUGACAAUUUUAUUCAUAUUACGCUUGAAAAGCACUUAUUUCGUUAAAAUUGAAAGGCUAAAAAAGAUAUAAAUUUAAGGUGUAACGCUUUUCUUGUACCUACAAUAUAAAAAAGUUUUUUAUUAAUUUUUUAGAAGUUACUGAUUUUAAAAAUGUGCUUUAAUCAUGUAAUUUAACAAAAAAUUAAAAAUAUUUUUAAUUUCUAAAAAAAAUGAAAAGAAAUAUUUUUAGUUUCUGGUAACUACAUUUUGCACAUUUUUAAAAAAUGAAAAUGUUAAAAAUAUUUAUUAUAGCACUAUACGUAUAUAAUUUUUUAAAGGU